UAUUUAGCACGCGCGUGUUCUCAUGUAAGUUCACACAUAUUUAAAGUGAAAAAUUUCACAUUUGCCGUACACAAACGCCGGUUUUGUGAACUCACUUGACGAAAAGAAAGCGAGAAGAAAAAAGUUGCCAAAUCAAAAUGGUCACCGAGCCGAAGUCCGUUGAGCCCAAGGUCAGCACCAAGGAGGCGCAGUGCCAGUCAUCGGACUGCGAGACUUCCCAGCAGGAGCCGGUCUCGCAAGUAAGCAGCCCGAAGGUCGCCCGUGUGGGGAUCUUCAAUGCCGAGGACUUCUUGUCGCGUGCUCAGAUGAACGACAAAAUCAACAACAUCUUGCGCUCGCCCACCAAGCCGCCCAACGGGGUGCGCCAGCGCUCCGUCUACACCAACAACCCAUCGCCGCACGCAAGCUUGCGUGUCGGCAUGACUGGGGGGCAGCUGUCCCAACGCAUGAGCAGCAUCUCGCUGUCCUCCGGCACGGACUCCGUGGGCCACAUGGAUCGCGGCAGCAGCUCCAGUCUCGCUAGCAGCGCCACCGUUGGCACCAACACCAUCACAAGCGGCAUUUCCAAGGAGUGCGCCAAUUACCCCGUCGGCAGUCAGUCGGCCCGUCCAUACGUCCAACUGCCGGGCAUACACAUUUCCAACCCUCCCCAGUACGGGCCAGGGAAUAUGCAGGAAAUAGACGCUGGCAAAAUGGCGCACAACGGCAAGGCACUCACAGGGCGCUACAAUGUCACGCCCACCUAUGGCUUCGACAACGAGCAGAACUACUGCCUGUUGCCGUCUCCAAUGCCCCCUCCACCAUACGCCUUGGCACGCGUGAGCAGCACACGCAACUUCGAGCUCGAGAACCACAUACCGCCGGCAUGUCCCGGCUCUGGACCCAUUGCCAUGACGAACGGCACCAUCCAGUUGCGCCUCCGCGAUGGCGUGCGAAUUGACAUGACAUGGCGGACAAGGCGGACAAGUUGGUCUAUCACGCAACUGCAGCAACUCGGCUUUGAUCCACCCCAAUGGACGCAUCUUGCAGAGCGGCGCUAAAGUCGAAAUAGUCAC